AUGGUGGCAUGUUCUGAGAAUGUGGAUGACCUUUCAAAGCCAUUUAAACUUGGAAGAUCUGGUCAGUGCUUAUGCCUUGUUGAAAUAAAUGGAGAAACUAUUAUAUAUGGAAAGUUUGACCACAUUCUUCCAGAGGAGGCUGAAUUUUACUUUGUUUACAAAGGAUCAAUACAGAAACAUGUGGUUUUUGCUAAGCAAGUUACUGAAAACACUCUUGAAUCUAUCAUUCCAGCUCAUAGAGAACAAGAAGAUGUUUCUGUCUUUGUGGUUAUGUAUGGAAAGGAAAGUGAAUUUCUGAUUCUGGGCUCCUCAUCUAUUACCUUCAAGCAUGACAUUGCAUGUGAAUUAGCGUGUUUUUUGGUGAGCAAGGCCAACUGUCUGACUCCCUCUAGUCAUCACACACUUCUCAGUCAGUUUGAUUUGAUCGAAAGAGAUUUGCAGUCAAUGGAUCGUGAUGUUAUGCUAGCCAUGGCCUAUGAAGAGAUUCCAUCUUCCUGGAACAUUAUUGGGAAUAGUACAGAAGAUGAAUCAAAAUGCAAAGAAACACUUCUCCAUCUUGCAAUGAGAUUGGGUCUGGUUCAACUUUCACAGUUCCUGUUAUUCCAACCAGGUGGAACAGUUGCAGUCACUUUACUUAACGAAGAAGGAUUGACACCCUUGGACUUGGCUUUACAGAAUGGACAUUUCAGUCUUGUUGAAAUGUUUUCCAAGUAAGUA